AGCAACUCAUCCCGCUCUGUGGGUCGCAUACCGCUCAGCUCCCCGCAUGGAAGCAUAGCGCGCAGCCGGUUAGGCCCCGUCGUACCUCGUCGAUGAGCGUUCCUGCCAAAAGGUGAGUAGGCACGGACGUGGAACGAUGAACGAUGCGUACAUUUGCUACACUCGGAUCGUCAGACAACCCUCGUCGCAGAAGGACGCUGGUCGUAUAUUGCGGUCAGGCUCGUUCCGCGUAACGCGCUCUGUUCGGUCCGGGGCAUGGAAGAACAGCGCUCCGCUGGGUGGGGCUGAUCAUACGUCGGCGGUAAGUCACUACCAACUGUGAGUUAAGAUUGAUUGGAACUGGUAAAAGAUGCUCACCUUCAGCAGACGACAACAGGUAGGCGGCUUGACUCGUUCUCAGAGCAGAUCGCUACGAAGACCGACGCCCUGCCUGCCACGAUGAUCGUCAGAGCCGAGUUUGUUGUAACUGGAACGCUUACCAGGUAUUCUGCGCUGCUAUUGGGCACGGCAUGGAGCGUUCGUGGACUGAGAUGCAUAGUUGGCUGUUUGCGCUGUUUGAGGUGGCCCGAAGCUAGUUGAGUGGUGUGAAGUUUGAUGAGUUGAGCCGCGUUACUUACAGUUGGGUUAUUUGAGGUCGCGUAUCUGUUUGUAGGGUCACGUACGUUGCUUAUGACACUUUAACGAAACCGCGCACUUCGUCGUAAGG